UCCAAAUAAAACAAGAAGCUUCAAGACUCCCCUACACCCAUUUCUAUCUUCUAUAAAUACUGCAACCCAGAAGCAAAUCGACCAAACAAAUCCUAAGUUACCAUUGAAGAUUUCUUACUAUAGCAAGCUACCCAUCGAUAAUGUCCCUUCUUCACUCUUUUUUGAACAAAACAAGCUUAUUUGAUCCAUUUCAAGUGCUGUUUAAUCCAAUUUCGGACACCCAAAUGGACUGGAAGGAAACUAAGGAUGCCCAUAUAUUCGAAAUGGACCUUCCAGGCAUUACAAAGGAGGAUGUGAAGCUUGAAGUUGAAGAAGGAUCAGUCCUUCGAGUUAGUGCAGAGAGAAAAGAAGAAGCCGAAGAGAAAGAUGAAAAGUGGCACUGCAAGGAGAGAAUGGCUGGUGGUGGGUUUUACAGGCAGUUUCGAUUGCCUGAACAUGUUAAAGUUGAUGAGAUUAAGGCAUCAAUGCGUGAUGGGGUACUUGUAAUCACUGUGCCUAAAGAUGACCACAAGAAGAUGAAGAAGCCUAAACAAAAGACCGUGGAAAUUUCUGGGGACGACGAGCCCCAUACUCCCAAAGGAAUUGGCCGUUUUGUUUGUUGCAAAUCGUAAUUUGAACUUGUGUUAACACCCUAUAAUUGUAGGGAUACCCUACCUUAAGGUUGUUUUCGCUCAUAUUGGUGGAUGGAUUUGUUUUGUGAAAAUUUGGGCUUGCGUGGCAGUUUCGUUUCUGUGAUUUGUUUGGCUUGUACAGUACAUUUUGUGGGGUUGAAUAUAUUACAAAUCUUAUUUAUUAUUGUAACUUCAAAACUUUCAGAUUUUGUUUACCUUUGUAUGAACCAAUUACAACGUUACAACUUGUUUUAUAUAGAUCAAUUCUAAUGAAUCUUAUGCCAUGUAUUUCA